AUGGUGAGAGACGAGGUCCAAGGGCAUCAACGUCUUCUCAGCAGAAGCAGCGCCUGCGAUGCUGCGAUGCUCAACUUCCUCCAGCAACACGCUCGCUAUACCAGCACGAAUGCAAUGAUGCAAUUGACCAAGGCAGUGAAGAGCGCACAGCCGUCGCCCGGGGGGUAUCAACGAAGCAAUGAAGGUUCGGGGAGGGAAAGGGAAGAGGAGCGCGUCGUCGUCGUCGGGGCUACCACCGUCAGCGGCGGACAGCGGGGGAGGGGUGAGCUGUUUUGGGCUGGCCUCUUUUGUCCAACGUCAAAGGUCUCGUCCCGGAUGCAUGUUCGGGGUGGGACGCAGGAACAAAACAAGGGUUCGGUUGGUGGUGGUGGUGCGUCGUGA